AUGGUAGUUACCAUACCAGGUGAUAUUGGCAACCUAAAGAAUCUAGAAUUCUUGAACUUGGCAGAUAACAAUAUUGCUGGUAUUAUUCCUCCCGCAGUAUUUAAUGUUUCAACUCUAUCGAUCAUUGCUUUAUCUUUGAAUCAGCUGCCUGGCCAUCUUCCAUCAAACAUGGGACUUUGGCUGGAACAAUUAUACCUCGGAGGAAAUCAAUUGGUCGGUCCAUUCCCAGUGUCUAUUUCCAAUGCCUCUCAGCUUACUCUUCUUGACAUGCCAAACUGUAGAGUAUUGGAAACGUUGGGCCUCGGCGACAACACAUUGAUUGGUGGUAAGCUCCCAGGUUUGGUAGGGAAUCUCUCAGGUUCUCUCGUGGAGUUCUCUGCAGAUGUUUGCAACAUCAGGGAUGGCAUCCCUAGUGAUAUUGGCAACUUAAGUCGCUUGAUAAACAUCGAGCUAGCUGGAAAUAAGUUGACGGAAAUAAUUCCUGCUACAAUUGGAGCAUUAAAAGACCUGCAGAGUCUCUCUCUUUCGUACAAUAAGCUAGACGGAUCCAUCCCAUCGGAGUUAUGCCAUCUAAACAAUCUGGCUUACUUGACAAGUAACAACUUUUCCGGACUCGUACCUGCUUGUUUAGGUGACCUCAUUUCCCUGAGGAACCUCUUGCUGGGCUCCAAUAUGUUUUCUUCCUCAAUACCUUCAACCUUGACAACGCUUAUCAAUCUCCUCAUCUUGAACUCGUCUUCAAACUCUCUAAGUGGUCCUCUUCCGAUAGACAUUGGAGAGUGGAAGGCUUUGGUUAGUAUGGAUUUGUCGAGCAAUCAUUUCUCGAGUUAUAUCCCAACUGGGAUUGCAGAUCUCAAAGACCUCACUCUGUUUUCCUUAUCCAAUAAUAGACUCACGGGUUCUAUUACCGAGUCAUUUUGA